AUGUCUCAGGCAGGUAAAGUCCUUCACUUGUACGUUGAGGUGAGGUCUGUUUCUGAGGAGGAAGAAAGAGGGGAUGGGACUCCUCACUCGAUGCUUCAGUGCCCGGACGUCCUGCCUCACUGCCAGAGAAGCUCCAGCCCAAACCACAGACAGGCUCUUCCCCCAGUCUCCCAGCACCAAACUGGGUUCAGCAGUCACAGCUUACCCACCUCAAGGUCUCCCCCGAGGCAUUCAGUCAGCUUCCAACUCCAAAACCCAGACGCUACAGGGUCUCCUACCCGCUUCCACCGUCAGGACUUGUUGCAUGACAGUUUUAGUCAGUUACUCCAGGUCCUUGCGCCGGGAACACCCAGUCCAUGCCAUCACAGUUCAUCAGGACACACUCAAUCCCCUCACAUGGAUCCCUACCGACCGGGAAGGAUGCUAAUCUCUCCGUCUUCUACUUCUUCUGGGACCAUCACAGCACCAAACACCCCAACCAGCACCCGGAGGUCCUACGAGGGCCCAGGAAUGAGGGUUGAAGAGGGCAAGACUUCUGUGGUGACCUUUGGCUACGUAGAGAAAGCUAACGUUCACGCACACCAAAAAACAUGCCAAAGUGAGUUGGGAAAUCCUCCAAACAGAAUGGAAGGGCAGCUCAGGAACCGGUUGAGUGAUCCGCUUUGUUACAACGGGAGACCAGAUCAAGGUGACCCUUACCCGAGUCACCAUCACCCAUUUCGGACUCCACAGAGAUCCUACCUGCAGAAGGCCAGCCAAGACCCAUUCGCCAGAGACGCCACCUUCAGGGCCUUGGAGGAGUUUGGAUCCCCAGAACUCGGGCGCAGAUUUGCCGGUCCCGUCCCAGAUCAUUGCAGCCCGACGCUGCCUCGGCACUUCCAGUCAUCUCGCUGCCGGUCCUUGGGGGGGUCACCUGUCUUGCCCCGCAGUGCCCACUCCCUGCCAUCGAAAACCCAGUUAUUGGACAGGGGAGUGAGCCAGAGUUUGGUGAACGGACUACCCAGAACCCCUGCUCACGAACAACUGUACGCCCAAUCGGGAUACCAUUCAAUGGGUUCAACCUCGACUCUUCGCUCGCGGGGGGACGAAAGCCCCAGGUUGUCCAGCAAAUUUCACCCACCGUUACCUGCAGGGAGACCCACGGACAUCCAGCAUGAGAUCCCAACGAGCAUGUUCCCCCCCAGGACUGGCUAUCAAGCUGGUGUGAACCCCAAAAACAGUUUUAGAAGUAGCUAUAGUAACCUUACAGACUCCAGUCAUAACGCCACAGACGGUUUACUCUACAAUUACAACGAUAACUUAUCUCACGGCAGAUCGUCACGCUGCUGCAGCCCGACUUAUGGCAGGAGGAACCUCUCCAAAUGCUUAAAUGCUAAUGUGGCUUCUAAGUUAGCUGUGGAGGCGACCAAACGAUCCACCCUUUUAGCUGAAAGGCGGCCUCCCUCUCCAGCAUCUUCUCAAGCUGAGUCCCGAACAUUUGAAAGUCCCAAGAUGGGAGGGUCUUUCCUGAGGGAAUCCCAACCUUUUAUCGCUCGCCAUGGGCAAGGCUCCCUGGAGUCUCUACAGUCCGAGAACCAGAACCAAAGAUGGAAAACAGACAAAGCCACACCUCACACACAACCAAGACGCGUCUCACCUCUCUUAUCCCAGAAAAGCUCGUCUUCACCAUCAUCUCCAGCCUCGUCGGCCAAAUUGAACCAUGCUGCCGCCUCACAAUCACCAGUUUUGGACCCCCGGCAUUAUCGUGGUUCCUCUCCCACUAAAAACAGCCCAGUACUGCACCACUACCAGCCACCACUGUACACUGGAGACCACAAACCCGCUUUGUACGAUGACCUCUUUGCUGGAUCACUUAUGGACAGCCCUGAACUCUCCAGGAGAUUUUCCUGCAGUCCAAACCCUGAAACAGUUAGCUGGUCCCCCCCUGGGAACUCUUCUGAACUCUGUGACUUCAGAACAACAACCGCUCCAGCUUAUUCUCUAAGCAACAAAGAGAUGUACCAUAGCAAGGCGGAAGGGAUAAAGACGUCAUUGGACUACCAGACGCAAGUUAGAAGUUUGUCCAAGAGUGAAAGGGAGGAGGGUCUGGAUCACAGCGGGGGUGCUGGGACGUCCUCUCAAAGCUCCAGUGGGGUAACGGGCAGUAUGGGAGACUCCCAGUUGGACCGAAACGAAAGUCCUUCCCCCGAAACCUCCAGCCAGUGCAGCCACGACACGGCCGACACCGGCUCAGGGAUUCAGUCUGACGGCAGCUCGACGGCGACUCCAUCUUCACGGUCGCAGAGGAUCGCCCAAGCAAAGUGGGACUUCCUGUUUGGAGGACCGCCGGAGGAGAGUCGCUGCAGACAAGAAGCUCCGCCCUCGACCCCCCCGCCCAGCGUCGCUCCAAGCCCCGCCCCUCGCUCCUCCCUCCGCCAUAAAACAACCAAUCAGAGGAGAGGGCGGGACUUCGAGGCCCCGAAGGUGACUCAUCACCAGGUGUGUCAGAUCGAGGUGGAGCUGGUGACCUCCGACCCCAGAGGCUCCGCCCCCAAAACCGGCAUCAUCCGGCAGACCAUCAAAUACUCGGAGACGGAUCUGGACGCCGUGCCGCUGCGUUGCUACCGUGAAACGGACCUGGACGAGGUGAUGCGGGCAGAGGCCGAGGCGGAGGCAGCAGAGGAGGCGGACUCAGACUUUGGGAGUCAUUUGGGAAACUCCUUCAGCCCCCCCAACGUUUCCCCUAAACCCCGGAGAGACGUUGGGAGGAAGGUGGAGGAAGAGGAGGAUGAGGAGGAGGAGGAAGAUGGACAGGAAGAGGAAGGAGUGGUGAACUGGGCCAGUGUUCGGAUGCUGGGAGACCGACAGAAACAAAAAGUAACCAGAGACGAGGACGAGGUCUUCAGUCUGCUGCUGAAGGGAGCGUUGUCGGAGUCUCACGGCGGCCUGAAGUCUCCGAUCUCUUUAGGAAGUCCUCGCCGGCCGUCAGAAAGCAACCUGGACUC